AUGCCUCUAUCUCUCUCGCAGCAGGCCAAUGCCAAUGCAGCGGCCAGUGAGCAGCAAGUUUCCUCCUCGACAUUGUCGCCGUCCACGGCAGCACUCCCAUCUGCUCGCGCCCUCUCUGGCCUGGAAGCCAAGGUGGUGAUCCUGGGCGCUCAAGGAGUCGGCAAAACGAGCAUAGUGCACCGAUAUACCGCAGGCACGUUCAGCUCUACCUCUUCCGUCCCCUCAACCAUCGGAGCCUCCUUCCUCACCAAGAAGCUCGUCAUUUCAGGCACGAAAUGUCGCCUCCAGAUCUGGGACACAGCGGGUCAGGAGCGAUUCAGAAGCAUGGCUCCCAUGUACUACCGCAAUGCUCACGCGGCAGUCAUCGUGUAUGAUGUGACUAGCAGAGAGAGCUUCAUGGACGUGCGAACGUGGAUUGAGGAGCUCAGACGAAACGUCGGUCUAGGCGGGAUGGAGGGACUGAUUCUGCACAUCGUGGGAGCCAAGGUGGAUCUGGCCAGUAGGGCCAGGGAGGUGGACAUGGAGGAGGCACGCGAG